AUGGAAUUUUCAGGAGGCUCCGAUGCGAGUGUGAUGUUGUUCACAGGGACGCUCCGCGUACGGGUCGUCGAGGCGCGGCAACUCAGGCCUACCGAGUGGUCGCGUCGCUUCAGUCAGAACGAAGCCGCCACUGUACGUCUCUUUUCAGAGGAGUCGGUUCUUUAAGAAGAAAUCAAUGAACCAACUCCUCACUUUAUCAUGUAUCAUUUAUUUAUAAUAAAACAUUUUUGGCGAUAGCUGAUAGUUGAUUUAUUUGGCUGGACCAUUGUCGUUCAUGUCGCCCUUCAUAGUAACUUCUCUCAGCAGAGAAAAUCUCAUCAUUGAGAGGAAAUCGUAAAAAAAAGGAUUCCAAUUUUGCAGGCCGCGAUCGACUCGUACGUGAACGUCGACUGGGACGAGUACCAUGUUGGAAAGACGCAGGUCAGGCCAAAGACCAAUGAGCCAAGAUGGAACGAGGAGUUCAUUGCGGUAGGACGAACGAUACCUGUUAGGUUAGACGGCGAUUUUCAGAACGAUGUGCACCAAGGGAGAGCCGUCGGCUUCUCCGUGUUCCACAGCUGCGUGAUGCCUCCCGACGACUUUGUCGCCAACACGCGGAUACCACUCGUCGACCUCAAGAUCGGUACUGCCAACGACAUCUGGGUUCGUCCCUUCGACUUCUGGGAGACUUUUUCCGGCUCAGACAUAAGAUUUCUCUCAGCUUCCAUAGCUCACGACAUGAACUACAAAAUGAUAAUAGUGACGCUAUCAUAGUUAUUCCGGUUUUUUUUUUUAAAAUGGACACUUUUCAAAAAUGUUUGUCAAUACCUUUUCGUCUUUUUACAAUAUUUUUCAAGAAGGAAAGAUUCGAAAAACUCCUUGUUUUCUGACUGUUUUCUAUUCUCGGUUUUCUCUUCUUAAUGUAUAUUUCUCUUCUUAUAACUAGUUUGAAUUGUUGCAGGUAGAUUUGGAACCUCACGGGCAACUGCACGUCGUCAUUGAACUCCAUGGAACAACCGUUGAAGGUCAGAACGAAAUCAUUUAUUGUUUGUAG